AUGGCGCCGGACGCGGAGGGCUUCCGUCAGGUGCAGAGCAGGAGGCGCUGGCGUCGCGUCGCUUCUCCUCGACGGCCGGUGCCCUCGAACUUGGUCGGCUUGUGCUUCAAUUGCCUCGCCGGUGACCACGUGCAUGCCGACUGCACUUUCCCGGCCAAGUGCUACAACUGCAGGGAUGUUGGGCAUCAGGCGCGUGAUUGCCCUCAUCCUCCGGUCGCUGGUCGCUGGGAGGGCAAGCGUGGCCGUUCUCCGCCGCGCGCUUCGGGUUUCCGACUGGGCGCGCGCCGCCGUCGUUCGUCGCCUAGCCGCGGGGCUUCACCCGCGGACACGGUCUCCGCGCAUUCGGCCUCCACCGGCCGGGAGCCGUCGGUGCCUCCGGUGUGCCAGCCUCCCACCCCGGAACCCCAGGUUAACGAUCCGCCGGCUGGCAACGCUGGGCAGCCCCUGCCCGCCGCGGGUCCGUCUGAGGUCGCCGGGGAGGCUGUCGCUGAUGGGCCUCUGGAUCAGCCACCCGCGCCGGAAUUACCUCGGCUGAUUCCGCGCGCACUGCUGAGGUGGGUUGAGGGCCCCCCUGCGUCGCCGCGGACGCGCGCAAGGACUCCAUUGCUUGGGCUAGUCGUCGUUCCCAGGACCCCGGCGCUGCAGGCCGCUGAAGAUGCUCUGUCCAUGGCCCUGCUCGCGCUCAUGGUCGGCACCAGGCCUGUGGUCAGUCCGACCAUGGUUUUGGACCAUCUCGAGGAGCACUUCGGGAUCUCAAAUGACCGAGUCUCCGUCCGCCGUACGAGGCCGGAUGAUUUCAUCGUCCGUUUCAGUCGCCGCGAGGAUCUCGAGCUUGUUCUGAGCGCUGCGCCCCCAGAGCGGGCACCAUUCACCCUGCAAUGGCGACGUUGGAGUCGCUUGAUCAUGGAUUUGGCCGGCGCGUUCAGAUUCAGAGUGCUUGUCGCCAUGAAGGGCAUACCUUCCCACGCGAGGUCGAAGGAGACCGCGCUAGCCAUUCUCGGCUCCUCAUGCACCAACGUCGAAUUCGCCAACCCGGAAGCGCUCGCCGAUCCUGACGAUGAGCGCGAGUUAUUCGUCGCGGCGUGGUGCGCGCACCCUGAUCUCAUUCCUGACGAGAUGAUCAUGGCUGUGCCGGAGCCGGAGGAGCAUGAUGGGGGUCCGCCAUUGUUCCUGAGGCCUCAUGAGAUCAUCCACGAUGAGCUGCACGCGUCGGAACCGAUGCUCUCCGAGGCUGUGGAUAUCUGCCUGUCCGGCCCAGAAGACUGUGGCUCCGGACCGACCUCUCGUAUGCUUGCCCAACUUUUAAUUGGGGAGGCUGGGCCUUCUCAAUCGUCGCCUCCAUCCCACUCCGAGCCCAGGGACGUUGAUGAUCCGGGGUUCCUGGACGUCGUUGGCCAUGAUCUAACGGAGGGGGCGUCUGUCCAGACCUCGGCGGCGACUACAACUGACGAGUUCAUCUCCAUCUUCAAGAAGCCAUUGUCGCAGCUGGUUCUCCCGUCGACCCCAAGGGCGCGGGUCACCAGAUCGGAAAGGGCACUGGAGACGGGUGAUGAGGAGCUUGUCCCCAAACGGAGUGCGAGACUGGCGGCCAAGAGCAAGAACAGGGUGCCAAGACCUAAGGCACAGGUAAGGAAAGUAACGAUGAAACGUUUAGGUGUCGAGGUGGAGACGGAGCUUCCAGAUGAGGCGUCCUUCGAUGAAUUCCAGACAGCCUUCAAGUUGCCUCUCUCGCCCUCCACUUGGGAGACAAUGCAGGUCUUGUUCCCUGGUAGUAAGCAGCGGACGCCUAAGCCUGUUCGCGCCGCCUAG